AUGAGUGUCAAUUACCUCUACACCUGCGGCGGGGCGAUCGAAAAGGACAGCGCUUCCCAACAGCGGGGUGCAGGGGUAAAACUGGGCUGGAGAACCUGUGGAGAACCAGGUUGCGUGUGGUCGGUGCAAAGAAAUAAGCAUUCAGCUGCUGUGAAGGAUGAAGAUGCUGCUCAAAGGAAAGCAGCUCUGGAGGCUGCUAUAAGAAAGAAGGUUGCAUUUGAGAAAAAAGCAUUGUGUAUUGUUGAACAACUCCUGGAAGAGAACAUCACUGAAGAGUUCCUUUUGAAUUCUGGAAAAUUUAUUACUCCAUCUCACUAUAAAGACAUUGUUGAUGAACGGUCUAUCAUCAAACUAUGUGGUUAUCCUCUAUGUCAAAAUAAGCUGGAAAAUGUGCCAAAACAGAAGUACAGAAUUUCAACAAAAACAAACAGAGUUUAUGAUAUCACUGAAAGAAAGUGCUUUUGCAGCAACUUUUGCUAUAAAGCAUCUAAAUAUUUUGAAGCUCAAAUUUCUAAAAGUCCAGUAUGGAUGCGAGAAGAAGAGAAACCACCAGACAUAGAGCUGCUGAAGGAGGGACAGAGUGGACAGUCUGGAGAAGAGGUGAAACUAUGUGAUGAAGCGAUUAAAGCUUUUGACAUUGAAAAUCCUAGGAUACCUUCAAAUCCACGUGAAUCUGGUUCUCAUGACACAGCCAGUGACAGCAGUAGUGAUACUGAACAAGAAUUUGUUUCUUCUGUCCUACCAGGAAGUCAGUCAAGUUCAGCCACUUUUGCAAAGCAACUGCACAGAAACAGCAUCCUCAAAAAGAAGCAUGCUCAGGAAUUCUAUUCCAGCCCUAAAACUGAAGACUCGGAUGUCGUAGAAGCCACUGAACGACUAUCUCAUUGUAAAUUAGAUGCUCAGGAUGAAAUGUAUGCUUGCUCUGUUCAUAAUAAAAUAACUGCAGCGCCUUCAGAAAAUACUACUGUGGGAAAAUCAAGUGCUUCAGAAAACUAUGAAAACACCUGUAGCGGUUCACAGAUAGUUUUUCUAGGUGUGAGCAAAAGAGGGGCAGAACAUCUUAAAAGAAUGCUAGCUAACUUAAGAGAACAUAAAACUGAACUGAGGGAUCCAGUCAAUUCCAAAGGCAGUUUAUUAGAAGUGCUUAAGCAAACACUUAUGGAAUGGAGAACUGAGGAAACUUUAAAAUUUCUCUAUGGCCCAAACUACACUUCUGUAUGCUCAUCAGAAUGCGUAUCAUCUGCCCACCAGGAGAGUGAAGAACUUGAUGAGGAUGACUUAGAUGCAGCUGAAGAUCUUAACGCUGUUGCCGUAGGAGAGUCUGAAAACAGUCUGAACUAUUCUUUACCUUUCACAAGCCCAGGUGGAAUAGUUAAGCCGGUGCCUAGUUACGAAAAGUUAAAAGAAGAAACAGAGUUCCUAGAACUCCGAGUAAAAGAGUUCUAUAAAGGAAAGUGCGUCUUGGCUGAAGAGGCGGUGACACAUGCACAAGCAGAGGAACAUCCAAGCAAAGACAAAGAUGAUCAACAGGAAGAUCUCACUUUCCCACUUGUUGAUUCAAAUGCACAAAUGCAGAUUAGAAAGCGAAUUGUCCUUGAAAAACUGAGAAAAGCAUUACCUGCAGUUUUGGGCCCUCUUCAGAUUACUCCAGGUGAUGUUUACACAGAGCUAAAAAACCUUGUCAAAACUUUCCGGUUAACAAACAGAAAUAUUAUUCACAAAAUGCCUGAAUGGACUCUAAUUGCUAUUGUUUUGUUAUCUGUAUUGUCACAAAUUACUCCGCGUUUCAAGCAUACUCAGGCGAGCCCAGUGUACACACAGUUCCUGACUACCUUGCUGGAAGAACUGCAUUUAAAAAAUGAAGAUCUGGAAAGUUUAACAAGAAUAUUUAGAAAAGACUGCCUACUUGACUGAAUAAGGUGAUCAUCUUAACAUCUCCUACUAUCUGAAAUAGUGGCACAGGGAACAGAAGAACACCUUCAAUUGUUGGAACCUUUUUUUUAAAUGAAAAAUGAAAUUUAGCAUUGAUUGUGCUUCUCCCACUUCUGCUUUUUCAUUU